CAGGCGGAAGGGCAGUUAGCAGCAGAAGCUAACAGAGCGUCAGCGCGGAGUACGUCAGAGGGAGCGCGCGCGGGCUGCUGCUGCUGAGGCGCUGCGGAUUUCUGCUCUUUUUAUUUCCUGCUUUUUAUUUUUAAAGUUUAUUUUUUUUUAUCUUUAGAAUGAAAACAUGGUAGUUAAAGCAAGAAAGGCGGGCGCGAAGGAGCAGAGCGAGCGGAGUGACGGGAAGAGCCGGAGAGCGCGCGAGGGGAAAAGCGCGCAGCCGCUCAGCAAAAACCCGGCCAUCAUCCGCCACAGAGCCGCGCGCUCUCCGCCCGCCACAGAGCCGCCGCCGCCGCCACGGAGCCUCCUGCCGCCUCUGCUCAUCGGCGCGCUCGCUCUGACUGCAGGAUUCCUCCACUGGUACCACCUCUCAGAGCUGUUUGAGAACGACCGGCACUUUUCCCACAUGUCCUCUCUAGAGAAGGAGAUGGCCUUCAGGACUGAAAUGGGUCUGUACUACUCAUACUUUAAGAGCAUUAUCGAGGCUCCAUCCUUCCUGGGAGGUCUCAGUCUGAUCAUGAAUGACCGACUCACUGAGUAUCCGCUAGUCAUUAACACGCUGAAGAGGUUUAACCUGUACCCUGAGGUGGUGUUGGCCAGCUGGUACCGUGUUUACUCCGCCACUAUGGAGUUCUUCAGGAUUCCCACUAAGAUGUGCUGGACCAUCAACAGAGGAGAAGAUCUGGAUCCUGUGGAGAGCUGUGAAGGUAUGGGAGAUCCUGCGUACUUCUAUGUGACUUUAGUUUUCCUCUUAAACGGAGCCAUGAUGAGCCUCUUUUACAUCUAUGGAACCUCCCUGAGUGGCAGUAAGAUGGGGGGAGCUGUUACAGUGCUGUCCUUCUUCUUUAACCACGGAGAGAGUACGCGGGUGAUGUGGACUCCUCCACUCAGAGAGAGUUUCUCGUAUCCCUUCCUGGUUCUGCAGAUGCUCCUCCUCACACACAUCCUCAGGACGAGGAACCCAAGCAGGAACAGCAUGAUGGCGCUGGGCGUGUCCACAGUCCUGUUCAUGUUGCCAUGGCAGUUUGGCCAGUUCGUCUUACUCACACAGGUGGCGUCUCUGUUUGCAUCCUACAUCCUGGGUUACCUGAGUCCAGCUAAGAUGCAGGCCCUGCUGCUCACACACAUGGUGAGGGGUAUCGCGUGUGCGUGUGUGUGUGUGUGUGUGUGUGUGAGGUAUAACACUGCAGUGUUUCUCUUGCAGGUGUCUCUGGGUGUGUGCUUCAUCCUCAUGUUUGGGAACUCCAUGUUACUGACGUCCUUCUACGCUUCCUCCCUCAUCUCCAUCUGGGCUGUAGUUGCUUUGAGGAAUCAGUUUGCGCAGAUGUUUACAGCUGGACUCCUCAAAUGGGUGAUGCAGUGCAUGGCGUGGGGCGGGACUACAGUCAUCCUCAAGUUCCUGUUGGCGCUCAUAUUCGGGGCAUCGGAUGAUGCUCACAUCAGCAGUCUGAUCAAGUCCAAGUUCACCAGCUACAAGGACUUUGACACGAUGAUGUACACCUGUGCAGCUGAGUUCGACUUCUUGGAGGUGGAGACGGUUCUGCGCUACAUUCGAACCCUGCUGCUGCCUGUGAACCUGCUGGUGGUUGGUGUUAUUGCUGUGAAGGUGAUGAAGGAUGUGAUCGCGUUCCUCAGACAUCAGGACGGUGCCGAGGCCGAUCCGACGGAGUCGUUGGCGAAGGCAGUGUUGGUGUAUCACACUCUGCAGUUGGUAGCCUUUGCUGUUCUGGCUCUUCUCAUCAUGAGGCUGAAACUCUUCCUCACCCCACACAUGUGCCUGAUGACGUCGCUGCUCUGCUCCAGACAGCUGUUUAGCUGGGUGGGUGAGAAAAUGAAGCAACAUGCUGCUGUGUUUAUUAUCAUGUCCAUGAUGGCACUUCAGGGCGUGGCCAACCUGCAGCAGCAGUGGAGCAUCAUGGGAGAAUUCAGCAACCUGCCGCAGGAAGACCUGCUGGAGUGGAUCAAAGAGAACACAGCAUCAAAUGCAGUGUUUGCUGGUGCAAUGCCCACCAUGGCGAGUGUGAAGCUGUCAGCAGGCAGAGCCAUCGUUAAUCACCCGCACUACGAAGACGCAGGACUCCGAGAGCGGACAAAGCUGGUAUAUUCCAUGUACAGCCGUAAAUCAGCUGAGCAGGUGAAGAGGAACCUGAUGAGUCUGCAGGUGGAUUAUUUCAUCCUUGAGGACUCGUGGUGCACCAGACGUACCAGGCCUGGCUGCAGCAUGCCAGAGAUCUGGGACGUAGAGGAUCCGGUAAACGCAGGUAAAAUUCCGGUGUGUACACUGCUGAGUCGAGACACGCGUCCUCACUUCACCACCGUCUUCCAAAACAACAUCUACAAAGUGCUCAAAGUCCCCAAAGCAGCCAAACACACCAGAUAACCACACGUGUGUGUGUGUGUGUGUGUGUACACGCGCGCGCACACACAUUUAAAUGUAGCUGGGGUUUAUCUAAAAUCCACUCAUGGCCAAGACCCGUGUGUGUGUGUGUGUGUGUGUGAGGGAGGAGAGAGACGUUUCGGCUGUGAGUAUUUAUUCAUACGGGACGUUGUUGCUGCUGUUCAUCAGCUCCGUAUCUUCAGGAGGAAAUGAUUUAAAGAAUUUUUUAUUCUUUGGAGUGAAACUGUGAGAAAUGACGAGUGACUCGUACACGUUGUGUUUAUUUUUACUCUCAUUAUUGUCUUGAACCUAAAGUUUUUAAAUUGUACUUUUGCACAGCCUUUUAUUAAAGCUGUCUUUUUUUAAAGGAAGUCUGUUGUUGCUGCUUCCUGUUUCACAACACCUUGGUGUUAUUUUUUUCCUCACUUCCUGUCUGUGAUGUGUCUCUGCGAUAAGCGCAGCGUCCCCGUCCUCAGCGCUGUUCCACAGCGGGUUCUCUGGCUGUAGCUGCUCGCUACGAUCGUAUCUGCUCAUGAAACUUUUAUCCUCACGUCUUAAACUGAAUUUCCCAUAAUGCACUGUGAUGAGCAGCUGUGUUUGGUUCAUCUCACCUCCUUUAGAUCAAAUCAGCGGCUGAAUUCUUAAUCUUCAUUUAAGUUUAAAGUUUUUAACUCUAAAGCAGCUCCUAAACCGCUUCCCCAGAGUGCUGUCAUUUUUACACGCAAAUUAAUAGCUUUUUUUUUUCUAAUUCAGCUGUUAGGACCUACUUUUAGCUUCUGGAUUAGCCAUGAUUUUAUUUUUUGGUAAAAUUUCCUCGCUGCUGACUUCAGAAGAAACGACAGUGCUGUGAUUUUUGCGAACGUCUCUUCGUAUUUAAAUCUUACACACUUUCUCACGAUGCGCUGUGAUGAACAGUCUGAGCUACCACACGUUUCACCUCCUGGCGUCAGUUUGACCAUUUUUACUCUUAUCCAUGUAGCGAUGCUGCUGAAGGACUUUCUUUUGCUUCAUUUCUUUUAUUUGUUUAUUCUGACUGUAAAUUAAUUCCAACUUUCUCUUAACGUGUUCAUGUUCACACUGCAUUUGGGAGAAACAGACAAAACAGAAGUGCAGGUUUGACUUAGACCCCGUCCACAGGUAGCCGGGUAUCUGCUAAAUCGAAGAUAUUUUUCUACGUUUUGGCCUGUCAUCCACAUGAAAACACAUCAAAAACGAAUAUUUAAAAAAACUCCGGGCAAAGUGAAGAUUUUUGAAAACUCCGUGUAUGCCUUUUCGUGUAGACAGAGAUAACCGGAGUUUUGCGUUUUAGAACGUCACAAUCUGCGCCAAAAAAAUGACAACAAAUCUGCCCUGACGUCAAACGUGCGACCUUUGUUUACUGCAGAAGCCAGAUUAAGCGGCGAUCCACGCGGUACCGAACCGACCCAUUUCAGAGCCGACUCCCGACAGGGCACGCACAUAUCCCCCGACUGUUGACGAGUGCAGUCGCGAUUGAAGCGACACGUGACAACUUAAUAGCUUUGUGAUUGGCUAUUGGAUAUCGUUACUGUUAAAUCCAACACUUGAAGAUGCUACAGGCUGAAUUACAAAUGACACAACACGGAAUAUGUAGCGCACUAUCUAGGCUGCAUGAGCUAUUAUUCCCAACCUUAAAUAGUGCACUUAUAUAGGGGAGUUAAAGCGAUUUGGAAUUCAGCCACACAACUUGAGCAGAGUGGCUUUCCAGCCCACUGUGUCUAUGGAUAAAGCUUCAGUCUAUGGAAUUACAGUAUAUACCUGCAUUAGGUGCUACCAACACGUAUUUCUCGCGCUAGAAAUUGUGUUUAAUGAUGUCACGUGUUAUAUGCGAAAGAUAUGAUUGGCUAUUGCUCGCGACUCUCGCCGAUCAGUCUGGCUCCCGAUUAGUUUUUCGAAUCGGCUGUGAGAUGAGUCGGUACCAUCGAAAACUAGUCUUUACGCCUGACUCGCGACUUCAGUUGGCUCGGUACGCUGAAAAUCGGCGUAGUGUGCGGCUAGCUAAAGAGUAAUGGAUCGGAGGAGUGCCUUGAAAGCGUUAAUUAUUGUGCAGGUGCUAUUUACAUGUUUAAUUUUAGAAGCCCAACUACUGCUCCAAGAGCACAGGCGAUGUGAUUAGGGGUCGGAUUUGGGGAAAUAAUGCCAUCUACAGGUUUGGAAUGCUUAUGAAUGUUAUUGAAAACGCAGAUGUUCGGUUAUGUGUGGAAGGGAUUUUUUUCGAAGACGAGGUGGUGUGGAUAAAACAUUUUUAUAAACGGAGGGGGGAAAAAUGUUCGGUUUUAAAAAUACCCGGCUACGUGUGUACAUGGCAUUUAAUCACGUUUCAAAUCUGAGAUCUGAGCAUUACGUUUCCCACAUACGCAUAUAACGGGUGUCAGUAUGUGUGAAACGUGGUGGUGGGAGCAUCAUGUGAAGCAGGUGCAGAGGAACCUGAGGAAUCUGCAGGUGGAUUAUCUCUCAUGGUGUAUCGGAGCACACAGAGUGGAAAAUGUCAGGUGUGGUAUUUUUCCUGAAGGUCGAGUCCGACUGUAUUUUAUGAAUAAAGUUAUUUGUAAUUUUGCACAA